AUGAAUGAAAAUAACGCUGAUAUCAAAGCUCGCCGUCGUGGCACGCUGUUUCCGCGCAGCGACCUAGCCUCCCAGUCUUCCGCGCCAAAACGCCUGUUAUUGGGCACGGAGCCUUUGGAAUUUUUGCAAAGGCCACAGAAGCUUCGUCGCAUGAUUCCGGAGAUAAAGGCCAAGGAUAAGAGUUGGCUGUCAAAGCUGCAACAUGUAUCCCACAAGAAUGUUGUGACGCUACACGAGGCAAUGUAUCAUGAUGAUAUUAUCAACAUCUUUUACGAGGUUAUGGAUGUCUCUCUGGCGCAGAUAUUUCGAACACCAAUCGGGCCUCUCAGCCAAUUUGAAGUCGCGGCGUUUUGCAAGGAGAUCCUAGAAGGGCUGGAUUAUAUUCAUAGUCACUUAGAGCUGGUUCAUGGGGACCUCAGCUCUGAAUCUGUACUGCUAUCUACAAAGCCCCCAGCAGUUAAAAUUGGUAUGCUUCCUCCAUUUAUUGGAAAUGGCAGAGCUGACGAAGCUGUAGCCAAUAUUGCUGCAAGCAUGCUUAGAGAGACAAAUCCCGGGACAGCACAGUCUGACCUCCAAUCAAUGGGCCAGAUAAUUGUUGAAUGCUUGGAGCCGGAGACGGCUUCGCGACAUGGAAACACUCUCACCCAUGACAACUGGGGAACCGAUCUUCGCGAAUUUCAAUCUUUGACUAAAAAGAAAACAGCCAAGGAGCUGCUUAGGCGUUCCUCGGGUCCAUCCUGUCUCAGACGGUAUAUCCGUGCUGCACGUGAGUCAGCUCCAAAGGACAUUGAGAUUCCACCUGAAUGGGUCAAAUAUUAG